AUGAUUAAUGCAUGGAUGGUAACUGUGGCCCUGUUCGCCGUCGGCGCGGCGGUGGUCUAUUAUUACCUGAAAAGUGUGUAUAGUUUCUUCGACAAUACCGGGAUUCCGACCGCGUCAUCGUUGCCGGUCUUGGGUAGCUUAUGGAAAGUGUUCGCGCAAAAAAACACAAUCGCCGAAUUAGUUCAGCAAAUUUACAAUACCCACCCCGAAGCCAAGUAUGUAGGCUUCUUCAACUUCCUCACGCCAGUGAUCAUGGUCCGCGAUGUGGAAUUGCUGAAGUCGACCAUAGUGAAAAAUUUCGAGCAUUUUCAGGACCACGGCUCACAAAAGAACUCAUCGGAACCGUUGUUCAGUAAGAACUUGUUCGCUCUGCGCGGAGAACGAUGGAAGGAGGUGAGAGCCAUAUUGAGCCCAGCCUUCACGUCCACCAAGAUGAAAGCAAUGUACAAAUUGAUGCAUGAAUGUGCGGUGCGGUACGGAGAGAUUUUGGCUACGGUGCCCGUGGAGGAAAGGUCCAUGGAUCUGAUGGACCCGUUCACCAGGUACACGAACGACAUGAUCGCCACCUGCGCAUUCGGAGUGACAGUAGAUUCCAUGUCCGAUCGUAACAAUACGUUCUACGCGUACGGCAAGACGGUCACGAAUUUCAGUGGGUGGAAGUCGAUCAAGUUCCUUUUGAUGCGCAAUUCGCCUGUACUUAGCAGGUUGCUCGAUAUAAAGCUGGUCGACAAGAAUAUCGUAGACUUCUUCCAGGAUUUGAUCGCGUCUACUAUUAAAGCUAGAGACGAGCAGGGCAUCGUGCGACCGGACAUGAUUCAGUUAAUGAUGGAAACUAGAGGAAAGUUAGGUCCAGGCAAAGAACUGACGAUCGAGGACAUGACCGCGCAAGCGUUUGUCUUCUUCUUCGGUGGAUUCAAGACUACCUCGGCCCUGAUGUGCUUCGCUGCUUAUGAAGUAGGAGUGAAACCGGAUGUUCAAAAGCGAUUGCAGGAAGAGAUCGACGAAGUGCUGGAGAACAGCAAAGGAGACGUGUCUUAUGAAGCGAUUAAUGACAUGAAGUACCUAGAUGCUAUUGUAAACGAAGCUCUAAGGAUGUAUCCGGUGUUUGUUGGUAUAGAUAGAGUUUGCACGAAACCUUUCAAGCUGCCGCCGACAUUGCCAGGAGUAAAACCGCACGUGGUCAAAAAGGGUGAAUAUCUUUGGAUACCGAUCUACGGAGUGCAAUCGGAUCCUCAAUACUUCGAGGAGCCAACGAAGUUUAAUCCGGACCGGUUCCUAGACGAUUCGAAAAAGAUUUUAAACUCCGGAAAGUUUUUGAGUUUCGGCUUAGGUCCAAGAAUGUGUAUCGGCAAUAGGUUCGCGCUUCUCGAAACUAAGGUGUUGCUGUUCCAUGUGUUCUCUCGAUGUAACCUCAAGCCUAACGAGAAAACACCUAUACCGAUGAAGUUGAGCAAGAAAGGAUUUCAAAUGACGGCUGAGAGUGGAUUCUGGUUCGAUGUCGUACCGAGGAAAGUUGCUAACCCGGUGCUUGUCAAUUCCGCGAGCAACGGCAGUGCUACACAUUAA